CCGCGUCCGUGACCCGGAAGAGCAUUCUCCAUAGCAACUGCGGGACAGCGGCGGCGCCUCCCCGGAGCUACGCUCCUGGAACUCACCCUGUACCUUCCGUGUCCAUGAUUUUGACUGCUCUAGAUAUCUCAUAUAAGUGAAAUCGUACAAGCUUGUCACAACCAAGCUGCUCAAGCCCGGGAACUCUGAGCCUGAGCAGUGGAGGCCCACCUGGAUCUGGAGAGAAGAGGCGGCCUUGGAAGCAGCAAUGAGCCAUCCUGAAAGCAGGCCGAACCCGGGGACGCUCAGAGGUGUGUCCUCUGUGGUCAGCCCACGUGGUGCUGGUGCUUCGCCAGGUGACAAAAAGUCAAAGAACAAGUCCACACGAGGGAAGAAAAAGAGCAUAUUUGAAAACUACAUGUCCAAGGAGGAUGUUUUGGAAGGCUUGAAGAGAGGAACGCUUAUCCAGGGCGUACUGAGAAUUAAUCCAAAGAAGUUUCAUGAAGCCUUCAUUCCUUCCCCGGAUGGUGAUCGAGACAUUUUUAUUGAUGGGAUUAUUGCUCGUAAUAGAGCCUUGAAUGGGGAUGUGGUGGUUGUGAAGCUGCUUCCGGAGGAGCAGUGGAAGGUAAUUAAACCAGAGAGCAGCGACAAAGAAACAGAAGGUGCUUAUGAAUCAGAUCUCCCUGAAGAGCUCUGUGGAAGCCAUCUGCAGCCGUCCCUGAAAGGCCAUAAUGACAGUCCUGACGUCAUCGUGGAGGCUCAGUUUGAUGACAGCGACUCUGAAGAUGGACAUGGCAACGCAGCGAAUGUUCUGGUCGACGGUGUGAGGAAACUCGCAGUGUGUGUUCCUGAAAGAGGAAAAGAGGAUGCCGGUGCACCAGUUACAGAAGACGAGAGCACCUCCGUGACGCAGGACAUAAGCGCUGUACCGGAGAAGGCGCUGCAAAGAUCAGCAAAGGUGGUUUACAUCGUGGAGAAAAAGCAUUCCCGAGCAGCCACUGGCUUCCUCAGACUCCUGGCUGAUAAGAACAGUGAACUGUUCAGGAAAUAUGCCCUGUUUUCUCCCUCGGACCACCGAGUGCCUAGAGUAUAUGUGCCUCUCAAGGACUGUCCCCAAGACUUUGUGACCCGGCCUAAAGAUUAUGCCAACAUACUGUUCAUCUGCCGCAUCGUGGACUGGAAGGAGGACAGCAAUUUUGCCUUGGGGCGGCUGGCUAAGAGUCUCGGGCAGGCUGGUGAAAUCGAGCCUGAAACAGAAGGAAUACUUACAGAGUAUGGUGUGGAUUUCUCUGAUUUCUCUUCGGAAGUUCUAGAAUGUCUCCCUCAAGGCUUGCCCUGGACAAUACCACCAGAGGAAUUCAGCAAGAGAAGAGAUUUAAGAAAAGACUGCAUCUUCACCAUUGACCCAUCUACUGCCCGCGACCUUGAUGACGCCCUCUCCUGCAAGCCGCUCGCUGACGGCAGCACCUAUGAAGUGGGCGUGCACAUCGCCGACGUCAGUUACUUUGUUCCGGAGGGCUCCGAACUGGAUAAAGUGGCUGCGCAGAGAGCUACGAGUGUCUACUUGGUUCAGAAGGUGGUGCCCAUGCUUCCCAGAGUGCUGUGUGAGGAGCUGUGCAGCCUCAAUCCCAUGACCGACAAGCUGACCUUCUCCGUGAUCUGGACCCUGACUUCGGAGGGCAAGAUCCUUAGUGAAUGGUUCGGCCGGACCGUCAUCCGCUCCUGCACCAAACUGAGCUAUGAGCACGCGCAGAGCAUGAUUGAAAGCCCGACUGAGGACAUCCCCAAGGAGCAGCUGCCCGCCAUCUCCCCAGAGCACACCAGCGAGGAGGUGCGCCAGGCGGUCUUGAAUCUCCACAGAAUUGCAAAGGAGUUACGGAAGCAGCGGUUUUUGGAUGGCGCGCUGCGUCUGGACCAGCUGAAGCUUACUUUCACGCUGGACCACGAGACCGGAUUGCCUCACGGAUGUCACAUCUACGAGUACCGCGACAGCAACAAGCUCGUGGAGGAGUUCAUGCUCCUGGCCAACAUGGCAGUGGCCCACAAAAUCUACCGCGCCUUCCCCGAGAGGGCGCUGCUGCGCCGGCACCCCCCACCCCAAAACAAGAUGCUCAAUGACCUCAUGGAGUUCUGUGACCAGAUGGGGCUGCCCAUGGACUUCAGCUCCGCUGGAGCCCUCAACAAAAGUCUGACCGAAAUAUUUGGAGAUGACAAGUACUCACUGGCCCGGAAGGAGGUGCUCACCAACAUGUGCUCCCGACCUAUGCAGGUGGCCCUGUACUUCUGCUCAGGGGCGCUGCGGGACAAGGCGCAAUUCCGACACUACGCCCUCAAUGUGCCGCUCUACACGCACUUCACCUCGCCCAUCCGCCGCUUCGCCGAUGUCAUGGUGCACCGGCUCCUGGCUGCCGCACUCGGCUACAAGGCCCUGCCAGAUGUGGAUCCCAGUGUGGUACAGAAGCAGGCUAACCACUGCAAUGACCGCCGCAUGGCGUCGAAGCGCGCGCAGGAGCUCAGCACCGGCCUCUUCUUUGCUCUCCUGGUCAGGGACAAUGGCCCGCUGGAGUCAGAGGCCAUGGUGAUGGGGAUCCUGAACCAAGCCUUCGACGUGCUGGUGCUGCGCUACGGAGUGCAGAAGCGCAUCUACUGCAGUACCCUGCCACUCCGGUCCUACGACUUCCAGAAGGUGGGCAAGAAGCCGGUGCUCACACUCACCUGGGAACCUGAGGACGCGGCGCAGGAGCCCGUGCAGCAGGUCAUCACCUUCUUCAGCGUGGUGCAGGUGGUGCUGCAGGCCGAGGCCGCAGCCCUCAAGUACAGCGCCCUCCUCCAGCGGCCGGCCGCCGAGGCCGUCGCGGGCCUGCAGGACGACGGGGAACAUGACUGUGACCGUGACCGUGACCUCAAGUGGGAGGACUGAAGCCAAUGACCCGGCGCCGCCCUGCCAGCCAGCUUUCGGAAGAGGACCUUUGGCACCAAAGGGGAUUUUUAAUUUGGUUUUUAAUAACUCAGGGUUUUAUUUUUAUUUUUUCAUUCUAUUUUAUUUUUGCAGCUCAGUUUUUAAAUGAACUGGAGGGGAGAGGGUGGGGCUGGCCGGAAGGCUGAGGCCCGGCCCGCGCUCCCCACAGCAGAGCGGCGCCCGGCCCCCCUGGGAGGCCAGCCCCUCUCUGCCAGGCCCCCCGCUGCCUCCCCUGCCGGAAGUGGGCUCUUCAGCAAAUCACUGUCAUGGAAUAAAAUCAAGUGCGAAGGGCAGUCUGGUGUAUGGGGCCCCGCUGCUGGGAGGCCGGGGCGGCAGGGUGCCCCUCGGGCCUAGGGCCAGGUACCUGGCUCGGGCUCCACCCCUCCAGCAGAGCUGGUGUUACCACCUUCUGGAAACUUAGGUCAGUUCCAGGACGAUUCACAGGGCUGGCCACAUGGCAGAUUGAUGCCAGUGCCUCAUUCCGGCUGAUGAGAAGUGUAGUCUGUAUGCAAGGCCGCAAGCCCAGGUCCCCUGCUGCGGUGGCUGUGUCCAUCCCUGCCCCCACCACUUCCUCUCAGCCUGCCGGCCCCACCCCUUGGUUCCGAGGGAACCUCAGCGCCUUCGAUCCCAGCCGC